AGAGGUCUCCCCGAACUGCAGUUGUCACGGUAGAACGAAACGACGAGGAAAGUGAAGCAAGGAACUAAACUCUCGGAGGAAAACAUGGCGCAAAGAAAGACAAAACGACAUGAUGCAAGUUGCAAUCCCUUUAAGCUCAGGAGGGAUGAUGAAGACGCUGAAGAAAAACACGGGGUACCGCUAGUCGAUUUCGAACCCGAGACAAAGGAGACGGCGACCUUUGUUUACGACGACCGCGAAACAAGCGAAAUGGCAACCCCUGUGUCACCCCACACUCUGAAGCUUUUUGAAGCAAUUCGCGAAGAUGAAAUGGAGUUAGUCGAAGAGGAGCUCGGCAACCUGACAGACAUGCAAGAGAUCGAUAGAACAGGCAAACAUGGCUUUGCGCUCAUUCACGUCGCAGCUCGGUACAACUUGAGCAGAAUCGUGAAGAUUCUGUUGGAACAUGGAGCUGACAUUAACAUUGGUACAAAAGAAUAUCACUUGACGCCCCUCCAUUUUGCUGCAAGGUUCAAUGGCCUCUCGACUGUCAACACCCUUUUGGAGCGAGGCGCCGACCCUUCAGCUAAAGGUAGAAAGGGGAAUACCCCACUGCAUUUUGCAGCGUGCAGAGGAAACGAAGAGAUCGUUAAAAUUCUCCUACAGCAUUCAAAGGUUAAUGUUAAUGACAAAGAUGUUUCUGGAAAAACUGCGUUGCACCUGGCCUGCAGUGAAGGACAUAGCAAAGUUUGCCAACUGCUUCUCAACUACGGAGCGGACAUCAAGGCAGUUUCAGCGGACAAAACGACUCCUCUCCACAGCGCCAUUCUUAAUGGUCAUUCUCAGGUGGCAAGAAUGAUAUUAAACCGAGCCUCUGAUAGAGACGUUGAUACCAAUGAAAGGGAACUGGUGGGGAACGAGGACCUACAGAGUAACACAGUGUUACACAUAACUGCUUGGAAUAACGAUGUCGAGACCGCUGAACUGUGCCUUGACCAUGGCGCAGACGUCAACUCUAAAAAGUGUAACGAAACCACCGCACUUCACUUAGCGGCCACUAAAGGGAAUCUUGAGAUGGCGGAGUUGCUAAUAUCACGAGGAGCCGGUGUUAACAUGAAAGAUGGAGAUUCCAAAACACCUCUUCACAGAGCUGCUCUUUUUGACCAAACGAAACUCAUCACAUAUCUCGUUGAAAAGGGAGCUAAAGUUAACGCACGCGAUGAUGAAGGUCGUUCGCCAUUCUUGAACGCAGUCGCGGCAGGACACAUUGAUUCCGCCAGGGUACUCCUUCAACUUGGAGCUGAAAACACUGCAACCGAUCUGCUCUUGAAAACUUCUGUUCAUCUCGCGGUAGAGAAAGAACAUUUGACGAUGCUUGCCAUGCUUCUAGAGAGUCGCUCGGGUACAAACAAUUUAUACAAAGCGGAUUUGUGGGACAGGGUUCCUUUGCACUACGCUGCUAAGUCAAAAGAUAUAAAGAUUUUAGAGCUGGUCUUAUCCAAACAGAAGCAUCUGUCUUUUCGAGACGAGAAUAAAAAAACACCUCUACAUCUAGCCGCAGAAUCGUCCUCGUCCAAACACGUGGAAGCAUUGGUCAGGCGGAUUUCUGGGGUUAAUGAACGAGACGAGCUUGGACGAACACCUUUGCACUGUGCUGCUGGAAAAGGGCAACGAAAAGCUUGCAUGGCACUCAUAAAUAUGGGAGCGGAAGUUGACAGUUUAGAUAAUCUCCACCAAACUCCGUUGAUGUGGUCAGUAAAGAGAAACCAAGUAAAAUGUGCCGAGGUUCUACUUGAUUUUAAAGCAUCCGUCGACCUGCAGGAUACGGACGGCGACUCUGCAUUACACCUGGCGUGUGGUAAGGGUCAUCCAGCUAUAGUGAGUUUACUUUUGGACCGUGGCGCAAGUUUAACACUUGUCAACGGACGAGGACAUGAUUGUUUGGAAGUAGCAGCAAAAGCGGGAGCGUCUGAUGUUGCCAUGACAAUUGUGAAGCACAAAAGAUGGACGGAGAUUGAAAACUACCAAACAACUUCUGGCCAAACUGCAGUAUCACUCCUGGUUGAAAAUUUCCCCGAAGCAGCUGAAGUUGUAUUGAAUCAGUGCGUGCACCAUUCUCAGCAUCUGAACAUCUCCGACCCAGACUACGCUGUCACAUACAACUUUAAAUAUCUGGAUCUUGGCCCAGACGUAGAAGACUGCAGUAAAAGGUUCUCAACAGUUGAAACGAUGAUCAAGCACAAACGCGAACGGCUCCUUCUUCAUCCCCUCACUCUGAAAUUCAACGAAAGAAAGUGGACCUCGCUGGGAAGAUAUGUUUACAUGGCCGAUUUUUUCCCGUAUCUCUUACUGAUGAUACUCUUUACCACUUUCAUAGUCGACCAAAGAGAAGACCAGAAUUUCAGGCCACCAAGGACGAACGGGUCUAGAGGAGCAAACAAAGACUUCAAGCCUAAACCUUCCGAUAUUUACCGGGUAGAUUCUUCCUUCAGGGAAGCAGUACCAAUCAUAGUCGUGAUUUUCGCGACAUUCCACUUUUGCAAAGAAAUGUUUCAGAUUUACGUGCAACGUUGGAACUAUUUCAAGGACACUUCCAACUACCUAGACUGGAUCCUUCAUAUAAGUACAACGUUGUUUAUGCUACCUUACGUAACCUCGCGGAGCGUUGUCGAUGAAUGGUUCUCGGCCAUGAAGGACCCACGUACACUUUGGAUCCUUGGAAUUGUGGCGGUAUUCGUGUGCUAUACCAACAUGAUGCUGUUCCUUAGAAGAUAUCGACUUUUUGGUACUUAUAUCUCAAUGUAUAUUGAAGUGACCAAGACCGUUUUCCAAGUGAUGGUGGUAUUCGCUUUCCUUGUCUUGGGAUUUGCACUGGUCUUUUACCUCCUCUUGAAGGAACAGACUGGGUUCCACACUGUGCACCAUUCUAUCCUUCGUGUGUUGGUAAUGAUGAUUGGAGAGCUCGACUUUGGAGCAUCCUUCAUUGACUCAAUUGGUCAAAGGCAUCCCAGAAACGAUAAUCCCUUAAAUCCGUUUCCAAAGGUGGCGUUCUUCUUCAUCUUUUUGUGUUUGUUUCUACUGUCCGUCGCUCUGAUGAAUCUUUUGGUUGGUCUGGCCGUUGGAGAUACCGAGACAAUGAAAAAGUUCGCUACAGUCAAGAGACUGGCCAUGCAGAUUGAGUAUCAAAUUGAAAUAGAAGAAGCGUUUCCUAGUUUUUUAACGAGAGCCGUUUACGAAACGGUUUAUGUUGAGAAACCUAACAAGUCAUCUAAGUACCACAGAUUGAUAGGGUGGCUACAAGCAAGAUUUUCCGAGGCCAUCCCAGAGCCGGUUGCAGAUGAAAGCAAAGCAACUGAGCUCGCCAAACUGGAAGAGGAGGUGAUGAAAAACAGGAAAAAGAUGAAGUCCAUGAUGGCUAUGAUGGAGGCACAGAACAAGUUACUCAGAAGCCUGGCCCUAAGAAUUGACUCCAGUUUUGAGCUGCCAGAAGGCACCGAGGAAGCCAGCUCGAGGACAGAUGGUGCCGAUAGUGCAAAUGACAGAUAUCGGACGGCCGUUGAUGGUGGAAAAGAAGACGAAGGGCCGACUGAUAAAACAAGUGUGGAUGCGGCCAGAGAAGAGAAAUCCUAAGAUGCUCCCUUUGAGAGUGGCUUGUAGUCCUUGUUUGGUACGAAGCAGCAGUCACACUAAUGGAUCGAAGAUUGGCUAUGAACCUGUAUCAUGUAUCAUGUUGAUUUGAUAAUUUAAGUUCCCCAAAUGAUUGAGUACCUACACAAUAGCUGGUAACCUUGUAGCAGUGACUAACACAGCAUGAAAAACAACGUUACCGUUGUGUAAAACUGGCGUUAUGCUGUCCAGUGUGAAUUUCUAAAUUAGGCAGCGUCCCUUUGGCUUUACGCUGUAAAGAUUUGCUUUAUAGUAGCGGUAAACGCUCACGUUUAAAGCCCACUUGAAGCAAUUAAGACUUAUAAGCGAACUUUAAGUUGUAGCUGAAAGUUAACCUAUAGUGCCCACUUUAUAUAGGACGUACGUCAAUUUUACACACACCACGGUGGUGUGAAUUUCAAGAAGAAUGCCUACCCAGAGUGAAUUCUUCGGUUCGUUUGAUGCACCCCGAUCCGAGUUGUCUUGGGUUAAUCUGUCUAUUAAGAAAACGCAAAAUAUUUUUUGGAUUUAAGAAUCGAACGCUGGAUUUUCCCAAAAAAGCACCCUAACUUAGAUAUUAACCAACUUUAAGAAGAUUUAAGCUGUGUGAAUUAUCCAUGGCCCAAGUUUUGAUCGUAUUCAUGACAGUGUAGUUGUUGUGGCUCAACCCUGCUUAUCAGUCGUAACCGGCGAAUUGAGUUUGAAUGUAAAAGAUAAUGUAAAUCCUGCUAAUCAGCUAAAUAAGCGUUUCAAUCGAAUCCAUGUUAACUGUUGUUAUAGCAUAAAUAUCACUACUUAAUAUCUUUAUAUUUUCUUAUACGUGAAUUGAUUAUAAAGCUUGCAAUAGCGAAGCGCGCGAGUGACGUCAUAACUCAGACAAAGUCAGACAAACAAAACGGAAUGGUGGAAAAUUUGACGCUUUUUCACGCGCGUAAGCAAAUGCUCCUAAAACAAUUUUUAAAACGAAAUUUGGCCUUCAUUUUCCUCCUUUUUCUCUUAGAACACGCCAAUGUUGUCUGACUCUCGCGGGGUUUCAAUAAUUUGCAUUCUAUUUUUGGAUUUCGUGUGCUUUGUGAUUUGUUCAGUCCUGGUUAUAUUUUAAAUUUUUGGCCUGGAUGAUUUACUGGGCGGCGUAUAUGGCCGUGUUUUCUAACAGUCUCACGCCGCUUUAAACCUCCCGUCAUCCUAUACAUGUCGAGCUAGUAGGUCACCCGAGUGAGUGAUUAGUGUGUAUAUUAUGGUUCUGUCUUUGCUACUCUUUGCUACUAUGAUUAGCUACUUCUGGUCUUGGCAUUUGGUAAUUCAAAAGACGCUAAUUAUACAUAACGUCCAGCUGUGUAAUUCUGAAAUAUAACAAUGUGAGGGACGAUUGUAAUUUUGUGGUUAUGUUGGACGGUCACACAAUAAACAAACUUUUUGCUUGCCCCGUC